CAACUAGUUCUAGACGACUUCAUAUAAAACUCUUGUCCAUCUCCAACUCUUGAUCCCCAACUUCUCACUUUGAUUAUACAUACAAUACACACUCCCCUGUAUAUCACACCCCAUCUUUCACCCUAAUCCAAGCACGCCCCACCUCAGGGUCUUGGAUUAGGCUCUCAAAUCUCCCAUCAAAAUCAAAUCUUGACAACUAAUAAUGGGUAAAGGAGGAGCCUUGUCUGAAGGUGUGCUCAAGAAAAUCUUGCUGUCUUAUGCUUAUGUUGCUGUCUGGAUCUUCCUCAGCUUCUCUGUUAUCGUCUACAACAAGUACAUCCUGGAUCGGAAGUUGUAUAACUGGCCUUACCCCAUCUCACUGACCAUGAUUCACAUGGCCUUUUGCUCAUCACUUGCUUUUGUUCUGGUGAAUUUUUUUAAGAUUGUUGAGCCUGUGACCAUGUCUAAGGAUGUUUAUUUGAAGUCUGUGGUGCCCAUUGGUUUGCUUUAUGCUCUCAGUCUUUGGUUGUCUAAUUCUGCUUAUAUUUAUUUGUCUGUGUCUUUUAUUCAAAUGUUGAAAGCCCUUAUGCCUGUUGCUGUUUAUUCUAUUGGGGUUAUGUUUAAGAAGGAGUCUUUUAAGUCAGAUACUAUGGUUAAUAUGGUUUCUAUUAGUUUUGGUGUGGGGAUUGCUGCUUAUGGUGAGGCUAAGUUUGAUGUUUUUGGGGUGGUUUUGCAAUUAGGGGCUGUUGCAUUUGAGGCUACUCGUUUGGUUUUGAUACAGAUCUUGUUGAAUGCUAAGGGAAUUAAGUUGAAUCCGAUUACGUCGCUGUAUUAUGUUGCCCCUUGUUGUUUAGUGUUCCUGUCUGUGCCUUGGUUUAUUGUUGAGUUGCCUGUGUUGAUGGAGACUUCUAGUUUUCACUUCGAUUUCUUUGUUUUCGGGACGAAUUCAAUUUGUGCUUUUGCGUUGAAUCUUGCGGUGUUUUUGCUUGUUGGGAAGACUUCUGCAUUGACUAUGAAUGUUGCUGGGGUGGUUAAGGAUUGGUUGUUGAUUGCGUUUUCUUGGUCUGUGAUCAAGGAUACGGUCACUGCUAUUAAUUUGGUUGGAUACGGGCUGGCUUUCUUGGGUGUUGCGUAUUAUAAUCAUGCAAAGUUGCAGGACAUGAAGGCAAGUGAAGCGCAGAAGAAAUCGCAACAAGCUGACGAGGAGGCUGGGAGGUUGUUGGAAGAACGAGAAAAAGAAGUAGAAGGUGGGACGAGGAAGAAUGAAUCUGAGAAAUGAGUUCUUAUAAUUAAUAAUUGCCACAUUGUAAUCUGAUACGGUGCCAAAGGACAUGGCUGGGCAGAUGAAGACUUAUUAUCUCAAAGAUCGGUUACUAGUUGGUAUGUGUUCUAUGAGAGUUCGAAACCUUAGUACUUAUAUAUAAUUAAAGUCGUAUUAGUUCUAAACUUUGUUCACCUGGAUGUUAUUUUAAGAGGCCUGAGUAUAAUCUACUAUCAUGUAUGCUACCGAGAAACACUUUGAGGCUUAUUACAUUUACUUCUUUCCUCUUAUGAACUGGUUUAAUUGUUAUCCUAUAUCGAUAUAUUAUGUUAUUCAUCUUUGUUUA